CCGCCGCCGCCGCCAAGCAGCGCGCCCUCCGGCCGGGGAGGAGCAGGAGGAGGAGGAGGAGGAGGGACCCGGCGGCGGCGGCGGCACGUGGUCGGCCCGAGCAAAGGUCUCUCUCGUGGGGCUGCCGGGCGGAGAGCGCGAUCCCCGGCGCCCAGGAAGCGCGAUCCCCGGCGGACGCCCGGCUGGUAGGGGCGCGCUGGCCCCGCACGUGGGAAGCGGGCCGGCGGCGCGACGCGUGUUCUCUCUCCCUGCCCCUCUCUCUCGGCGGAUCCUCUUCGGGGCGCGGGGGGCGGCCAGCAGGGGACUCCGGGUGGGGGGCUGCCCGGGUGGGGGGCUGCCAGGGACCCUCCGAGAUCCUCCCUGCCAUUGAAGAGAUCCAGAAGGGAAGCCGGGCGCCCGCACGACAGCCCCGCGGGGUGGGCUCGCCUGAGAGGUCAGAGCUGAGAGAGGAGGGGAGCCGGCCCCGCAAGAAGGGAGCCCCCCAAUUGCCACCCGCUGGUCUCUGGGCACAGGCUGGGGUGCCCACUGGGGUGCCCGGGGGUGGGCAUGGAACUGUAAUAAUAAUAAUAAUAAUAAUAAUAAUAAUAAUAAUAAUUUUAUUAUUUAUACCCCACCCAUCUGGCUGCAUUUCCCCAGCCACUCUGGGCGGCUUCCAACAAAGAUUUCCCUGAUGCGCCUCUUCCAGUGCAAGUUGUUCCAAGACUUUCUCUUGCUCAGCUGGGGGGGGGGGUCUCCCCUGUCUUCUUUGGGGUCUAAGUCUCUCCUAUUUUUAUCCAGAAAUUCUCUCGCCUGAAAUUCUGAUGUCAGUUUAUAUCUCCUCUUCAAGUAUGUAAAAGAAAGACCCUCAGGGAAUUCCCAUUUAUAUCUAAUGUCGGUUCUCCUUAGAACUGUUGUCAAAAACCGGGAUUAAGAUUAAGAUUAAGAAUAAAAUGGAAGGGACCCCAAGGGGCAUGUGGGGCAGCAGGAGUCCCAGCCUUGCUUAGACCCAUUCUGGCUCGGUUCCAUUCCCCUUCAGAGGGGUGGAGGCAGGGCCAGAUUUACCUAUAAGAUAAGCAAGCUAUAGCUUAGGGCCCCACUCUCUUGGGGGGCCCCCCAAAAUCACUAUUAAUAUACUUCUUAAUUGUAUUUCAUUUCAACAAUUACUUUGAUAAAAUACAUAUUUUGUUAUGUGCAAAUGGCUUGAGAUACCUAUUAGGUCCAUAAAUGACCAUAUAGGUUAUAAAGGUAAAGGGACCCCUGACCAUUAGGUCUAGUCGUGGCCGACUCUGGGGUUGCGGCGCUCAUCUCGCUUUACUGGCCAAGGGAGCCGGCGUACAGCUUCCGGGUCAUGUGGCCAGCAUGACUAAGCCGCUUCUGGCAAACCAGAGCAGCGCACGGAAACGCCGUUUACCUUCCCACCGGAGCGGUAUCUACUUAUCUACUUGCACUUUGACGUGCUUUCGAACUGCUAGGUGGGCAGGAGCAGGGACCGAGCAACGGGAGCUCACCCCCUCAUUGCGGCGAUUCGAACCGCCGACCUUCUGAUCGGCAAGUCCUAGGCUCUGUGGUUUAACCCACAGCGCCACCCACGUCCCUAUAUAGUCAAUAUAUUCAACACCAAAAACAGGGACAAUUUCUUGUAGAAAGGGCCCCCUUACCUUCAGGAGCUGAGGGCCACAUCAAACCUCAAUCCGGCCCUGGGUGGAGGUGUAGGAGAGGACUGGCCUUCUGGCUCCAGGCCACCCCGUCCCCCUUGAGCCCCCCCACUCCAGGGGUCUGGGGGGGCCGCGUGACACAGCGUGGUCAUCCUGCACAUGAGGUGCCACGUGAUGCCGACAGUGUGAAGGGACCCCCCCUUGCCUGCCUGGCCCAAAGAGUCAGGCUGGGGGGGGGGGGAGUGCACCUCUAGCCGCUGGAUGCGUGACCCAAUCCUAGGAUCCUAGAGCUGUAGAGUUGGGCAGGGACCCCCAGAGGUCAUCUAGUCCAGCCCGCCUGGAAGACAGGAAUCGCAGCUCCAGAAUCCCUGGCAGGCGGCUGCCCAGGCUCCGCAGAAAAGCCUCCAGGGAAGGAGAGUCAAAGGGGGCUCUUCUCUCCCCAUGAAGACCCCACAGCCCUUGGGCAAGAUAUCAGGAGCGUCCUCUGAACAGUACGAUCUGUUUGGCAGUGGGGCUGGCUGUGGGGUGGGGAGGGGGUCACUCUUGCUGGAGGGGGUGAGGCAGAGGGAUUCCCCGGAGGGGCGGAAAUGGCCCCCGGCAAGCGAGGCAGUAGAUGGUUUCCACUGUGCGGCGGGGUGGGCUGGAUGUCCUCUGGGUGCCCUUGCCGCUUUAACAUCCUUUAUUUGCAACAGCAGAGCUCUGGGUGACUCAUUGGAGCCUUUGGGAAGAAGCCAGCCUGUUCCUAGCAGACCCCCGGUGGGCAGGAGGCUGGAUUGGCAGAGCACCCUUGAGCUCCGCAAGUUGCAGAGGGGAUUGGGGCCACUGGCCUGGGCGGUGGAAAAUCCCCACUCACUCAGCCGCCUUGCUCCCUGUGAGGUCACGAGUCUCCCUCUCCCCCAAUUUGGAGGCUCCAACGCAGCUCCUCGGAUGCUGUCCUUGGCUGAAGGUCAGGAAAGCCUAGAGGGGGCCCACGGAGGGCAGGGGGCAGAAGGGGGAGCCCACCUUCCCUCCCCCCAGACCCCCACCCCUCUGACUCAUCUCUGGGGUGCAGGAGAAUUCGGCUGGGCUGCCAGUCACGUCUCUGGGCAGAAGCAGUUCUUUAAUUCUGGAAAAUCAGCUGAAUGGCGGGGGGGCAUUUUGCGGGUGGGCAGGCUUCUGGGAAUAGUGAGGGCAGGGAAUACUGCUGGGGCAGGUGAAAGACAGGGGAGUCCUGAGGCGGGGGGGGCAGCUGGCCACACAUAGCACCCCUCCUUAUUCCUGCCCCCCUGUCAGCCGUGGAGACCCCUGAACUCAGAGGGCCUUGAGCCGCUUGGCACAGCUGCAGAGAAGAGGGAGUGCCUGGGUUGCGCUUGCAAGGGGGGGCCCCCCAUUGUGGCCUUUGCGUGGCUGCUGUGAGGACAGGAUGCUGGUCUGGGGGGGGCACUUUGGCCUGAUCCAGCUGCAGCCAGACGCUUCUUUGCUUCUUCUGCUGCAAGGCCUCAAAUGCCGAUACUCUUGCAAACAAAAUAGGAAGCAGACAUGGCAGCAGCAGCAGCCCCCCCUUCUGCACUUCACAGAAAGCCCCCUCCUCGCUUCUCCGGGGCCCCUAUCCUGACCCUCAGACCGGCACUUCGGCUUUUCUCCUGCUAGGAUCAGGCAAGCUCUAGCAAGCCACCGUGGGCCGUAAUCCCAGGAACUAUGCAUUCGGCAUUCUGUGGCUCAGUGCCCUGCAGGAUCAGUGCCCUCCCGGCUGCGUUGCUCAGCGGCUUCUCCCCCCCCCCUCCAGAAGUCAUUUUCCUCCAUGGUAUUGUUCCCCCCCCCCCAACUCUCCUUUGAACUUGCAGCCUGGAGGCUGGCUGACUCCUCAAAGUUUGCCAGUUGUAGAGGCUAAUCUCCCUCUCUCCCUCCUGCUUAAAUGCUUAAUCUCUCACCGAGUUUCCCAAGCGCUGUGGCUGGUGAUUAAGGAGCCCUUUCCCAAACCUGAGCUUGCUGGGCGGAAGCAAAGCCCUUUGCAAGAUAACUCUGCCCCUGCUGCUUGCUUUGCUAAACCUGAGCUGCUCGAAUGCUGCGCCUCAGGUCUUGCAAUGCACCCGUUGCCUCGGUUUACCCAGAAUUUGUUUAUUUGCUAGCCGACUAAGCAGAAUUUACUAGGGAAUGCGGGUGGCGCUGUGGGUUAAACCACAGAGCCUAGGACUUGCCAAUCAGAAGGUCAGUGGUUUGAAUCCCCGCAACGGGGUGAGCUCCCAUUGUUCGGUCCCAGCUCCUGCCAACCUAGCAGUUCGAAAGCACGUCAAAGUGCAAGUAGAUAAAUAGGUACCACUGUGGCGGAAAGGUAAACGGCGUUUCUGUGCGCUGCUCUGGUUUGCCAGAAGCGGCUUAGUCAUGCUGGCCACAUGACCCGGAAGCUGUACACCGGCUCCCUCGGCCAGUAAAGCGAGAUGAGCGCCGCAACCCCAGAGUUGUCCGUGACUGGACCUAAUGGUCAGGGGUCCCUUUACCUUUACUAAGCAGAAUGUCUCCUUCCUCACUCUUUCUCUUCACAUGGCUCUUUCUUAUUGUAAAAUCACAGGCUCGGCGUUGCCGUGUGGGACAGCUCUUUGCCUUCUUAAAAUACUUUACAAAUAUUGGUCAUGCCUAGAUGAGAAUGUGCAAAUUGGGAGAAUAACAAAGGCCGACAUGUGAGUCUGGUUGAAAUGCGAGUCUUUCUUAUUCUUUUCUGCUCUGCCCCGGGAAGGCUUCCAAGCCACACAGAGGAGCCUUGCUUCUCUUCUGGGGGGGGGAGGAGUCCAAAGAGGGCAGCCUGGCAGUGCCCCCCUCCUGUCCACGCUGACCCUCGUUCCCCCCAGCCUGCCCUUGCAGGUCCAGCUUUGGGGGGCUGAGCUCAGAUUCCAGCCGUGCAUCCUGCAUGUGGGACCCCCACAAAUGAUCCUUCCCCCCCCCCUUGCAGGGGCCUGUGCUGCUCUCUCCCCCCCCCAUUGGACGGAGGUCUGCUGGGCUCCCUCUCCCCAUUUCUGCUCAGGCUACCAGGAGCUAUUUGGGGCUGCAAUUUCACAGCUGGCUCCAUCCUGCUGAGUCCCCACAUUCUGGGAUCUCAGCCGGGCCAGACCGCCUUCCUCCUCCUGGCUUUUAUGGGGGCUUCACUCUGUGGAGGUUUGCAAACAGAGGCUGGGUGGCCUUCAGGCAGGGAUUCUUGAACUGCAGUUCCUGCAUUGCAAGAGGUCAGACUGGAUGAGCCCUGAGGGUCCCUUGCGACUCUGCCAUGCUGUGAUUCUAUGAACUCUUCCCAGGCCCCCUCAACAGGGACACCCCCUUUCUCCUUAAAUGGCCUUCCUCCCCCCCCCCCCCCAGCCUGGGCAUGGAUGGUUCCCUUCCACAGUCUCUGUUGGGAGGCCAAGCGGCCCCCUCUGCAAGCGGAGAGCAAGCAGGGCUGGAUCAGGCCCCUUUUCUGUCCCGUCCCUUUUCAGAGCCCUUGCAAGAUCUCUGGGGUUUCCGUGUGGUUGAGAGGACAUUCUGUGCAGCUGAGCUCAGGAAGCGUUUUGCCUUGCAAACCUGAGCAGAACGUAAGAGAAGCCCGAUGGAACAGGCCAAUGUCACAGUGGCCAACCAGAUGCCCAUUUUGGGAAGCCCACAAGCAGGAUUUGAACACAGGAGCCCUCUCCCCCUCCUGCAGUUCCCAGCAGCUGAGAUUCAGAAGCAUCGCUGCCUCUGAAUAUGGAGACAGCGCAGAGCUAUCCUGGCUAAUAAUAAUAAUAAUAAAUUUAUUAUUUAUACCCCACCCAUCUGGCUGGGUUUCCCAAGCCGCUCUGAGCCAGCAAUAUAAAAACAUGAUAAAAGAUCAAACAUGAAAAACUUCCCUAAACAGGGCUGCCUUCAGAUGCCUUCUAAGAGUCAGAUAGUUGUUUGUCUCCUUGAAGUCUGCUGGGAGGGCGUUCCACAGGGCGGGCGCCACCACCGAGAAGCCCCUCUGCCUGGUUCCCUGUAACCUCACUUCUCGCAAUGAGGGAACCGCCAGAAGGACCUCAGCGCUGGACCUCAGUGUCCGGGCUGAAUGAUGGGGGUGGAGACGCUCCUUCAGGGAUACUGGGCUAUCCAUAGCCCUCUGCUCCUCCAUGAAUUUGUCCAACCCUCUUUUAAAGCCAUUCAAGUUGGUGGCCACCCCAGUCUCCUGUGGGAAGGAGUUCCACUGUCUAACUAUGUGCUGUGAGAAUAACGCCUUUCUUUUCCCGUUCUACAAGUUCUGGUGUAGGAGAAAGAAAGAAGAGCUUUUCUCCACCCCUCCCUCCAGGCGUCAUGUUAUAAACUCCCAUCGCAUCUGCUCCUACUUGCCUCUUCUUUUGACUAAAACGCCCCAAAUUCUGCUUCUCCUGGGCUGGGCAGAUGGCGCCAGCAGAUUCUUCUCCUGGCGACACCCCCCACUGCGCCCUGCACACUCGGAGGCUGCUUUUGGGCGGCUCAGGCUGUGUGCUUUGGCCCGGGCGCUGCUCCUAGGGCGCUUCUCCGAGUCCUCCCAGCCCCCUCGCUGGGAAGGCCUGGCUCCCCGGUGCCAAAAACACUCUGGGCCGUGAAGAUUGGCAGCCGGCACUUGCCUCACUUGGGGUCCUGCCAGAAGACUUUGCUUGCUCCCUCUCCGCCUCCCAGUCCUUGAGACGGGGAGAUUAGCAGCGGCGAAGGUCUGCUGCCUCCCAGAGCUGGGGUGUCUGGAGGAGGGGGUGCCGGCUGGGUCACGCGCUCCUGGGUCCUUGGGCUCAUUCCUCCCUCCCUCUCUCUUCCAGAUCGCCUCGCCUGGGUCAUGGCAGCUGCAGCGGAUCUCCGGCAGCGAGGCCAUCGCUUGGCAGGCUGGUGACGAGCCGGCGCCCGGUUUUGGGAAGGCAGGCUGAGUGGCUGGAGCCGGGUUUCAGCGCAGGGGCCCCUCCCGUGAUGGCCAAGGGACAGUAGAAGCUCCUCGCCCUCCAAGAGGCUCCGGAGAGCCAGCGCGUGGGGACAGCCAUGGCGGUGCUGACGUUUGGCGUGGCCGACUACGCCAUUUUCGUCCUGCUGCUGGUCUUCUCGGCCGGGAUCGGACUCUUCUACGCGCUGAGUGGCGGGAAGCAAAGGACCACGCAGGAGUUCCUGCUGGCCAACCGCAGCAUGGGCUUCUUCCCCGUGGCGCUCUCCCUCCUGGCCACCUUCCAGUCGGCCGUGGCCAUCCUGGGCGUCCCCGCUGAGAUCUACCGCUUCGGCACCGAGUACUGGUUCCUGGGGUGCUCCUACGUCCUGGGGCUCCUCAUCCCGGCUCACGUCUUCAUCCCCGUCUUCUACCGCCUGCGCCUGACCAGCACCUACGAGGUGAGUGGCAACAGGUGGGGAGUUGAGGGUCUCCUGGGAGAUGGGCUGGCCUGGAGAUGGGGUCAGAAUUGGACCCCUGGCCCUCUUCCCUCAGGGUCUGUCUCCCGCUGCAGCCGGCACCGAGGCACAAAGUGUGGUGCUCUUUUGGUGUGGUGGCAUCUACACUGCGGAACUCCCUGCCUCUUGAAAAUCAGGCUUCGUUGCACUCUUUUCGGCACCUGCUAAAAACACACUCUUUUUUAUAUAUAAAUUUAUUUAUUUGGUUUUUCAGUUUAAAAUUUUACAGAGAUGUAUCAGACAUAAAAAAAAGUUUCCAAAGAAUCUCCUGGGCUUCCCUCCUCCCCUUUGUGGGUCCUAUUAUUUAUCAUUUCCUCCUGCAUCUUUUAUGAUAGUCCAAAUCUUUCACAUCUCCAUUGUAUUCAGAAUUCCCCCGGAAACUACAAGUGAUGUUCCAAUCCUAUUAACCAAAUAUUCUCACUUAGACAAGCCUGUUCAGGCGUCUGGAAAGUUGGUCUGUUUUUAUUUUGUUGUCCUUUUAACUUUUUGAAAGUCUUACACUGUUGGUGUUAUUCAUUCUUCUUGCUGACACUUUUAUCACAUUGUCUUCUUGGCAAAACUGAAUUGAGAUAUUUUCUUGGUGGGCGCUGCUGAGUGGAGUCCUGCAAGGAGGCCGGCCGGCUUAGAGCCCCACUGGGAGGCCGGCAGUUGGAGGUUUCUGGCAGUCUCUGGGUCCUCCCCUCCUCUCAAGUGGUGCCUGCAGCUGGGGGAAGCCUAUGGGGACGUGGUGGGUGGGUGGGGGUCAGGAAUGCUGCCCCAGAUGCCCCAGGAGAGCAGGGGGGCUGUGCAGGGGUCCUUGGGCACCAUCUUGUGGGGCUCCUGCCCUCCCACCAACAGGGCAAAGGCUGCACCGGGAAGCCAAGCCAUAUUUGCUCUCUGCCCUACUGACACCCCCAGUUCUCUUUGUCGCCCCACCCAGUACCUGGAGCUGCGGUUCAACAAGGUCGUGAGGGUGUGUGGAACAGCCACCUUCAUCUUCCAGAUGGUGAGUGCAGAAAACCACCCUGGUCUCUCUGCCUCCUCAGUCGUAGGGAAAAGGAGGACUCUCCUUUUUAAGCUUCUGCCUCAAGCUCCCAGUCCUCCUGCUUAAAACUUUCCACGUCUCCCUCCCUCCCUCUCCUUCCUUCCUUCCUUCCUUCCUUCCUUCCUUCCUUCCUUCCUUCCUUCUGUUGCAGGAAUUUAUGUAUAGGUUGGGGGGGGGGUUGCCCCUCCAGCAGAUAUCCUGCACAUGCAGCCCACUACCAAAAUCAGCACAAUCACUUUUGUGACUUUCGUGAUUUAUCCCCACAAAACGCUUCAUCACAGUUUCUUCCUAUCUAUUCAAAGGGCCUUUGCUGCAAGAAACCAAAUGUAAGAAUUCACUGAUAAAUGCAUCUAUGUACUGGCUCACUGGGAAAACUUCAGAAAUUCAUCUAGACCUGUGAGCUCAGCUACUCAGCAGCCCCUCUGCCUGAGGGAUAAUUCCUGGCAUCCUGAUACCUGAGUGCCAGAAAUAACAAACCCAGAUGAAGACAAAAGGGUGUGAUUAACUUGGCUGGGAAACAGGGAAAUAGAAAUAUCUUUUUUUGUUCCACUUGAUGGGUGUUUGGUGGAGGGCAAGGGGAACCAUGGGGCAGGGUCCAGGAUGCUCAGAUUCCUGCCACCAGACCUCCCCUUUCAUGAUGUACCCAUGAUGUAGUUUGGGGGGGUGUAACAUGGGGAUUAGCAGCUAAUAAAAGUUUGGGGGCUCUUUUGUUUGGGGCUACCAUCCUGUUUCACCUGGUGGCAGGUGGGAGUCCUGUUGCGACAGUCUUCAAUAAAGACCAAGCCGACUGGCUGCUGUUUUGCUCUGGUAUUCCUGGCUGGUGGCCUUGGUUUUUGUCCAAGGGAGCACUCAGAUUUCUCCGUUAACAGUUCCUUCCUUCCUUCCUUCCUUCCUUCCUUCCUUCCUUCUUUCCUUCUUUCUUGCCUUUCUCUUCCUCCUUCCCUCCCUCCUUCUGCUUCCUUCUCUCCCCCCCCCAUGCUGUCUCCCCCGUCCUUCCCUCUCAUUCUUCCUGCCUCGGCUGUGGCGCUCAGUGGUUGGCGCAGAGCAGGUCCUUCUCUCUCAGCCUCCCUCCCUCACAGGGCUGUUGUUGGGCAGGUGGGGGAGGGAGGGAGACCCAGAGACCUGGGGAGGGGGAUCAAGGUCACGAUUCUCCUCUGGAGUCAGCUCCCCCCCCCCGGCAUGUGGGGUUGUUGUCAGUUGUACGCUGCCUCAUCCUCCGAUCUCGGGGUGGCUCACAAGCCAAAAAGGCCCUGUGGGGUCCACUUCACAGUGGGUCUGCCUUUCUCCCCACAGGUGGUGUACAUGGGGGUCGUCCUCUACACCCCAGCGCUGGCUCUCAAUGCAGGUGAGGAAGUGGACCUGAUCCUGGGGGGCAAGGCUUUUCCGCACUGCAGCUGGAGCAUUUUGGGUGGUCUGGGGGCAGGGAAAGUGGGUAGUCUGGACCCAGCCCCCUCUUGGCUGGCCCAGGGGGUGGGAGCCAGGCCUCCGGGGAAGGGGGGGUCUGAUGCUGAGCUGCUGCUCUCGAGGGGCAGGCGCUCGGCCGCUGGGCCCCUCUCUGAGGACUCUUCCUUGCUUGCAGUGACCAACUUUGACCUCUGGGCAUCUGUGCUGACCAUUGGGCUGGUCUGCACCCUCUACACCGCCCUGGUGAGUAGGGACCCCGCAAGGGGCAAGGGGGCAGCCUGAGCCCCCCCAGAGAUUCUGGGCUGCAGGAGGUUGUGGGCUCCACGGGGCCCCCAAAGAGGGCAAAUUCUUAACCACCAGCCAUAAACAGAGUGGCCCCUAAUUGGGGGUUGGCUAAAUGUCCCUUGGUAGUCCCAGCUCCCCAAGUCUAUGAUUCUGGGGUGGGGCUGGAGGGUCUGGUGCCCCUGGGAAAGUCUAGAUUGGUGGCUUCUGGCCCCCUUGUUCCCAUAAGACCAUCCCCAGUACCCCUCACCCUAUAAAGUGCAUUGCAGUGUCUAGAUGGACAGGUUAUAAAUUAUUAUUAUUUAUACCCCGCCCAUCUGGCUGAGUUUCCCCAGCCACUCUGGGGAAUAUUUAUUAAUUAUUAUUAUUAUCAUUAUUAUUAGCAGUUUGCACUCCCCACUAAGGAAGAGAACGACACGAGAAAAUCCUAGACAGCGACAAUUAAUUCCGUGCUUAUUCAAAAUCCCAUUUAAACCACAGAAUGGCUGGACUUGAUCCAGGGAAGCCUGAUAUUCAGGGACCCCCUCAGAGCCCCCGUCAAAAUCCCAUUGCCCACCCACCAGGGGGCAGGACCGCCCACUGUGGAAACCGUGGGACAGUGCGAUCGCCCCGAAUGUUGCCCCCCGUUAACCGCCCCCUCCUUCCCUUUGCAGGGCGGCCUCAAAGCCGUGAUCUGGACGGACGUUUUCCAGACCUUUGUCAUGUUUGCCGGCCAGGUGGCCGUGAUUGUGGUGGGCACUGUCAAAGUGGGCGGCAUGGGGCGCGUCUGGCAGCUGGCAGCAGAGAAGGGCAAGGUGUCCGGCAUCGAGUAAGUCGGGGGGGGCAGGAGGGGCGGGGGGGCUGGUCCUUCCGUCUGCUGCCCCGCGGGAUGGGCCCAGCAGAACCCAGAAUCGGGGCCCCGGGGCCCCUGGCCUUAGAGCCACGGGUGCAGAUCCUUCCCUUUGCACUACACCUCUGCACAAGGAAAGCCCACGGGGAAAGGAUCUGGGGGUCUUGGUGGACUCCAAGCUGAACCCGAGCCCAGAGGGUGAUGCAGCAGCAAAAAAGACCAGUGCUGUUCCAGGCUGCAUCUGCAGAAGUCGAGGGUCCGAGUCAAGGGAAAUCAUAGUCCCACUUGAUUCUGGAAUAUCGUGUCCAGUUCUGGGCACCACAAUUUAUAUUGGAUAUUGACAAGCUGGGAGGUGGGCAGAGGAGGGAGAGCAAGAUGAUGCAAGGUCUGGAAACCGAGCCUGAUGAGGAGCAGUUGAAGGAGCUGGGUAUGUUUAGCCUGGAAAAGAGGAGACUGAGAAGAGCUAGGGUAAAGGUAAAGGGACCCCUGACCAUUAGGUCCAGUUGCGGACGACUCUGGGGUUGUGGUGCUCAUCUCGCUUUAUUGGCCGAGGGAGCCAGCGUACAGAUUCCGGGUCAUGUGGCCAGCAGGAGUAAGCCGCUUCUGGUGAACCAGAGCAGCGCACGGAAACGCUGUUUACCUUCCCGCCGGAGCGGUAGCUAUUUAUCUACUUGCAUUUUGACGUGCUUUCGAACUUCUAGGUUGGCAGGAGCAGGGACCGAGCAACGGGAGCUCACCCCGUCAUUGCGGGGAUCCAAACCGCCGACCUUCUGAUCGGCAAGCCCUAACCAACACGCCUGCUAUCCAAGCUAUCCCAGCCUGCUUAGCCCCCUAAAAACUCUAAUACCCCAUUUUUAAAAUACAAUAUACUCCCACAGAGACUCCUUACACUGCGUUUAAAACCAAAAUUGCAUUUGGAUAGAAACUGUUUCUCAGGCAGCCAGUCCUAGUCUUUAUAACCCUGUACCUUCUCAAGGGCUAUCACAUGGAAGAUGGAGCAAGCUUGUUUUCUCCUGCUCUGGGGGCAGGACUCGAACCCAUGGCUUCAAGUGACAAGAAGGGAGAUUCUGACUAACAUCAGGAGUAACUUGCUGGGGGAAGGGACUCCCUUGGAAGGAGCUGGCGGACUCCCUUUCCUUGGAGGUUGGAUGGCCAACAGCCAGAGAUUCUUGAGCUGUGAUUCCUGCAUUUGGGGGUUUGGGGUUGGUCUAGAUGACCCUUGGGGUUCCCUCCCCCCUCGACCAUUCUCUGCUCCCCUUCCCUCCCCAGCCUGAACCCCGACCCUUACGAGCGCCACACCUUCUGGACCCUGGCCUUUGGGGGCGUCUUCAUGAUGCUGUCUCUCUACGGGGUGAACCAGUCCCAGGUCCAGCGAUACCUCAGCUCUCGCUCGGAGCGGCAGGCCGUGCUGUGAGUGGGGCGCCGUGGGGCGGGGCGGGGCGCUUGGGAGACGUGGGGCUGAGGUGACCCCGUCCAGAAGCAGGAAGGGGGCAGCUGGGAGGAGGCUGGGGGUUGGCCUGAGGAUGUCCUGGGAGAGAGAGAGAGAGCUAUGGGGGGCUUCUCUCUGGGGGGCCUGACCCCUUUUCCUGUGGAGCGUCUGCCUGGCUGCUGGGCCAGAGCUGCCUCCUUUGGCCUGAUCCAGCAGCCUCUUCGGGUGCCCUUGUGGAGCCUCCAGCUCCAGUGGCAGUCUAUCUGGAUUCUAUGGGGCCUUUUGGGGGAGAACAGGAUGCUGGGCCUGAUCCGGCGGCCCAAUCCUCCCUCCCUCUUUCUCUCCCCCCCUCCAGGUCUUGCUACGCCGUCUUCCCCUGCCAGCAGGUGGUCCUCUGCCUCAGUUGCCUCACCGGCCUGGUGAUGUUUGCUUACUACCAGGAGCAUGAGCUGAGUGCGGAGCAGAGCAGUGCCUCCUCCGAUCAGGUGGGUCAGGCGCUUGCUUACACUCCCCCCAUAAAAUCCCAGAGAGGCAUUGCGGCUGCCGGUCAGUGCAGGCAAUACUGUUACACAAAAAUUGGAGUGGGCUUUUGCCGCCCAGCUCCCCAUCCAGGGACCCAGGACCCCCCAUGUGCGUUAUUGAUCAGAGAAGAAUGCGUGGGGUCUCUGUCCCAGCAGCUGCCCCAGAUGAUCUUCACGGGCCAGCUCCUGUUGGGGGGGCAACUGCCCUCCUUGAGUUGCCCCCUGAUUUGCAUUCCCCCCCCCCCACUUUGCAAGCCUCUACUUUGUUGUUGUUUUUUAAAAAUUAUUAUUAUUAUUAUUGAAAUUUCCCAACAAAAUUUACCAUAAUCAAUACUAAAAACAAAAACACAAAUUGUAUUUAAUAAUAAUAAUAAUUAUUAUUAUUAUUUAUACCCCGCCCAUCUGGCUGGGUUUCCCCAGCCACUUUUACAUGUCUAUUCCCGUCUCCCAACUUCCCUUUCUGGUUUAUCACUUAUUCAUUUCUUCUGUGUGUAAUUUUCCAUACCUUAUAUAUUGAAAUUGAAAUCAUACUUUAUUGACAUAUUCUUAACAUUUUACCCUCAUAUUUAUGUUUUCUGUUUAUAUUUGUCCAUUGUAAAUGUAUUACUCGAAUCCUGCAAGUGAGUUCAUUUCAGUAUGUUAUUUCUGUAUGUACAUCAUCAAAGGUUCCCAAUCUUUCUUAAAGUCCUUAUUGUCCUUAUCUUUGAGUCUUUUGAGUCAAUCCACUUUGCCAUUUCUGCGUAUUCCAUCCACUUUUCUUGCCAUUGUUCUUUCAUCGCUUUUCCAUCUUUGAGCUAAUAAAACACUGGCUGCUGUUGUCACCUAUGUCAAUAAAUUCUUCUUGUCUUUUGGUCACUCUGGCAGAUGGUCCUCUACUUUGUGAUGGACGUCCUGCAGGGAGUGCCCGGCCUCCCCGGCCUCUUUGUGGCUUGCCUCUUCAGCGGCUCCCUCAGGUGAGCUCAGCAGGCAGCCAGCCCUUCCUUCACUGGGGAUCUUGAGGACUAGAACCCUUCAUUCUGCCCAGAGAGGGACCAGAGCGCAGGGCUUGGCACGCAGGCUCUGCCAGGUUCGGUCACUGCCGGCAGCAUCUCCAGGGAGGGCUGGGGGAAAAGCCCCGGAGGGCUGCUGCUGCCGGCCAGUGUUGACAUUACGUGAGGCCUAGGACCCACGUACCUAUGGGACCUCCUCUCCUGGUCUGCCCCGCGGAAGACCUUAUGGUCCACAAAUAACAACACCUUUGGUGGCCUCAAGGAGGUUAGAUUGAUCUCAACUAGGGCCAGGGCCUUUUCAGUGCUGGUCCCAACUUGGCGGAACGCUCUGUCCCAAGAGACCAGGGCCCUGCGGGACUUGACAUCUUUCCGCAGCGCCUGCAAGACAGAGCUGUUCCGCCUGGCCUUUGGUUUGGACUCAGUCUGACCCUUGUGUUUCCCUCCCCUUAUGGUCUUGAUCUAUGGUCUAUUUUAAAAUGAGGCUGUAUUUUAAAUUGGUUUUUUUUUCCCCCUUCUCUUUCCCCCCUAUUAUGUUUCUAUUGUGAUUUUAUUGGUGUUAGCCGCCAUGACCCGGCUCUGGGGAGGGCGGGGUUUAAAUAAAAUUAUUAUUAGUAUUAUUAUUAUUAUUAUUACUAUUACUAUUACGGAGCCUGUGUUCCUGCUUAGAUCUUCCUUCGGAAACAUGAGGACUAGAGCCUUGUGUUUAUUUCCAGGGAAGUGCAUUGCGUCUCCCGGGAGGGCUCUGCCCAAGGGGCUUUUUCUGCCCCCUUCCCUUCGCCUGACCCCCCCCCCCCCGCCUCUUCUCUCGGCAGCACCAUCUCCUCCGCCUUCAACUCCCUGGCCACCGUGACCAUGGAGGACCUGAUCCGCCCUUACGUGGCCAGCAUCCCCGAAGGACGGGCCACGCUCUACUCCAAGCUGCUGGGUGAGCUGCCCCUGGGGGAGGGGGUUGGGGGGCAGGCAGCAGCGUCCCAGUGCCCCCAGCUCCAGGGCUCCGGCCACACUGCCCAGGGGUGCCUCUCCCUCUGACUGGACCCCCUUCUCCCCCCAGCUCUGGCCUACGGACUCCUCUGCCUGGGCAUGGCUUACGUCUCCUCCAUGAUGGGUUCGGUGCUGCAGGUAAGGGGUCAGUAGAGGGGGCGGCUGGGGAGGGAAGAGCUGGAUUUGGAGGUGGUCACAUUGAUUUUUUAAAAUAAUAAUUGGGCUUUGGUCUGGAUGACCUUUGGGGGUCCCAACUCUACGGUUCUCUGAUUCUCUCCCCCCUUAGGCUGCCAUCAGCAUCUUUGGCAUGAUGGGGGGCCCUCUGCUGGGAGUCUUCUGCCUGGGCAUGUUCUUUCCUUGUGCCAAUUCCGUGGUGAGUAUUGCUGUUUAUUUUUUGGGGGGGGGGUUGUUAGGAGCUGUUGUUCCCUCACCCCUCUUUCUUUGGGGUCAGGAGCCUUCCCUUCCUCUUCCCACGCUCCAAAGGGAGCAGCCAGGGUUGCAAAUGGCAGAAUAGCUGGUGGGGGUUUUUUGUGGGGGUGGCUUUUUUAAUUUUUUUUUUAUUCAAAGUUAUAACAAAACAUAUUUUCCAAAAACACAUCCUUAUUCCCCCCCAUUUUUCCUCCCCCCUCCCCCCACAAAACCCACCCCCCACCCCGCCCCCCGACUUCCCUCAGUUCCAGUCUUUGGUUUCUCCAAUAAUGCUAUUUUCUGCAUGUUACAGAGUUGUAUAGAUCCUCCAACUGUUUAGCUAAUUAUUAUCAGUUUAAAAAAUUUGUGGAUGUUUAUUCAAAACCUGCCAAGGAGUCCAGUUCGCUUUGUUGCGUCUUCAAAUACUUUGUGAAAGGUUCCAAUUCAUCCUUAAAGUCACAGUUAUCCUUGUCCCGUAGCUUAUAUGUCAGUUUUGCCAGUUCUGCAUAGUCCAUCAAUUUUUCUUGCCAUGAUUCUUUAGUUGGGAUUUCUUCAGUCUUCCAUCCUUGUGCUACCAGAACUCUCGCGACCGUUGUCGCAUACAUGAAGAUGUUUUUCAACUUUUUUGGCAGGUCUUUCCCUACAAUCCCCAACAAAAAUGCCUCGGUUUUUAAACAAAUGUUAAAUGGAACAUUUUCUUCAGUUCAUUGUAUAUCAUUUCCCAAAUUUUUUAAAUUACUUUACAAUCCCACCACAUAUGAUAAAAUGUUCCCUCCUUUUCCUUACACUUCCAACAUAUGUUUGAACUGGUUUUGUAAUGGGGGCCUAGCUUGCAAUGGGGGGUCAGGAUCCCCUUAAUACUCUCUUCCUCUCAAUGGGAUAUUGGCUCUGCCCAAGGGAGGAUGGAGAGCAGCCGCAGCAGCAGCUGGGAAUACGCAGACAUAACAUUUUACAAGGACAGAAUAGUCGUCACACACAGGAGGAAUAAGGAUAUUGUUUGAAUCCUUCACCUAUGGGUUUAUAAACCAUUUAAUGUGUCUAGACGAAUGGAUGUCGUUAAUAUUGCAGUUGUUGUAUAAGGGAUUGCUAUUUUGACUGGAACGUAAUUGAGAUGAACAAGAUUUUGGGACUCAGAAACAAAGCAACGUCAUCAAACCAUCAAUUCCAGCAUGCGGGGGGGGGGGGCACCUAAAUUAUAUAAUUUGGCAUCUGAAUGGUUGGGAUUAUUUGUCAUUGUAUUAUAAUUUGGCACUGUUACAAUGAGGCUGCCAUUGGAUUAUUGUAAUUGAAAACUAAUAAAAAUUAUUGUCAAAAAAACACCUUCAAUUAUUAUUAUUCCCAGCAGAUGUCAAGGCAAUAAACAACUACGGUAUUUUACUUUUAAAAGACAACUGAAGGUGGCCCUGUUUAGGGACGUUUUUAAUGUCUGACACUGUGUUGUUUUUAAUACUUGGUUGGAAGCCGUCCAGAGUGGCUGGGGAAACCCAGUCAGAUGGGUGGGGUAUAAAUAAUAAAUUAUUAUUGAUUAUUAUUAUUACUCUCUUCCUCAGGGGGCCGUCGCUGGCUUGGCUGCCGGGCUGGCCAUGGCGUUUUGGGUGGGCAUCGGGAGCUGGGUGGCCAACCAGGUGUUUGUGCCCCCCGGGACUGGCGCCCCCCCACUGGACGGAAACCUCACAACGGCCGUCAUGUCGACGCUGCAGACCUUGACGGCGACCCCACAGAGGUAAUGGGGAGGGGGGCCGGGGGACCCCAGGAUGUGUGUGUGUUUAGUAGAGCUGACUAUUAUUUAUGGCAUUCCUAUCCCACCCUUUUCCCCAAGGAGGCAUCCAUGCUUCUCCGCGCUCAUUUAACCCCCACAACGACCCUGCGAGGUAGACCAGGCAGAGAGAGGCAGGGAAGGAGGGGGGGGAUGUGAGCCCAUUUAACCCCUGCAUCUCCCCUGCCCAGAGAGGAGGCGUGUGGGGUUGGGCUCCUGUUCCCAGGAUGCCUUCCCCAUGUUUGCUUAUAACCUGAACGCUGCUGGAAAGAGAGGUUUGGUUGCCCAGAGCGAUGGGGCUGUGGGUCACAAGGGAUUCUGGGAUGCUGCUCUGGACUCUGGGCUCCCUGUGCUGCGGGCGGGAACUGAGCACCCAAAGCCCCCUGCCCAGAUCCCAGCGUGGGUCCGUCUCUGGGCAAUUUGUGGUUAUUUUGCUGGGGGAAUGCCUCCUCCGUCUGCCCCAGGAUUUCCUCCUCCUCCUUUUCCUCUCUUACCUCCAAGCUCUCAUCCUGCCAUUUCCUUCCAGAACUGUAGAAUUGGAAGGGACCCCUGAGGGUCAUCCAGCCCAACCCCCUGCAAUGCAUGGUUCAGGCAUCCCUGGCAGGCAGCCCCCCCCCCCAGGAAGGAGAGCCCACCGCCUUCCGAGGGAGUUGGUCCCACUGCCCAACGGCUCCUGUGCUCGGAUAUUCCUUCCGAGUGUGGAGUCAGAAUCUCCUUUCUUGCCCCGUGAAGCCGUUGGGUCGGAUCCUUCCCUUUGGAGCGGCAGAAGACAGGCAGGCUCAUCAACAGGCGAGGGGGGCAAGCCGCAUUCGCAAUAUGGGGGGGCAGCGCUGGCCAACCCUAGAGGGUUGUUGUAAGGACGGCUCUGCUGGGUCUGGCCCGGCGGUUGGCUUCCCCAGCGGCCCCCUGGGAGACCCCCCAGACCCCCUCCCAUGCGCUCUGGGGGCAUUUUCCCAGUCUCUGCUGCCCCCUUUGUGGAAGCCCCUCGUUCCCCACAACUGGGGCAGGCAGCUGCAUCUUUCUUUGAUAGAUUUUAUUAAAGUUUGAAAGAAGAUUUAUGAAGGUUAAUUUCCAAUAUCCAAAGGUUAAAGAUACUGAUGUAAAUAAAGACUCAAAGCAGAAGAAGGGAGGAGGGAGAGAAGAAAAGAAAAAAGGAGAACUUUCUGUGCUUUGUAGAAAAUUAUUCAAAACACUCCCUUCAAGAUAAACACCUUUCUGCCUUUUGCCGCAGGGUCACGGGGCUGCGCAAGUUCUACAACCUGUCGUACUUGUGGUACAGCGCACACAACUCGACCACCGUCAUUGUCGUGGGACUGCUGGUCAGUCUCCUCACAGGUAGGUCGGGAGCGCGGGUGGCGCUCGAUUUCGUGGUCGCCCCACAAAGCUAAGUAUUGGACGAUUCGGAACGGAGGAAAUUUGAAAGGACUUCUUUGUGCGGCUUGUCAUUAACCUGCGGAACUCCCUCCCUCAGGAGGCAAUGAUGGCCGCCAACGUGGAUGGUUUUAAAACGGGAUCAGACAGAUUCAUGGAGGGGAAGAGGGCGAUUGAUGGCUCCCCGCCAAGAUGGCUCUGCUCUGCCGCCAAAGUCAGAGGCAGCAAUGCUUGUGAAUCUCAGUUGCUGGAAACCACAGGAGGGGAGAGCGAUAAGCAGUAAGGUCCCGGGCCCUAAGGAAGUUAGAUUAGCCUCAACCAGAGCCAGGGCCUUUUCAACGCUGGCUCCGGCCUGGUGGAACGCUCUGCCUCAUGAGACCAGGGCCCUGCAGGAUCUGAUUUCUUUCCACAGGGCCUGUAAGACAGAGUUAUUCCGCCUGAUCCCCUUCCCCUCUUUCCUUUUUCCUUUCUCCUUCUGUGAUGGAACUCCUAUUUGGGGACUUGCCUGGCUUUUUUCUGGCCCACGUAGGACCAGGCUGGAUAGUUGGCCUUGGUGAAGACUUGACGUUUUCAUCCCCAAAAAGUUUUUGAUUUGAGUUUCUACUGAAAUGAGGCUGCAUUUUUAUGUUUUAAUGUUGCAUUUUAAUCUUGUUUUUAAGCUGUAUUUCAAUCAAUUGUUUUAAUAUUUGGUGUUAGCUGCCCUGAGCCAGGUCUUGGCUGGGGAGGGCGGGGUAUAAAUAAAAAUGAUGAUGAUGAUGAUGAUGAUGAUGAUGAUGCUCGAAUCCUGCUUGCGGGUUUCCCAUAAUGGGCACCUAGCUGACCACUGUGAGAACAGGAGGCUGGGCCUGAUGGGACCUUCAGAGGCUCUUGCGACUGGAGGAGCAGAGCUGGCCCAAGUCAGAAGAGGCCAAGGGGGCAGGUGCUGGGGUCUGGGUGCGUAUUCUGCGCCCAGCAAGCCAGGGUGCAAAGCCUCUGCCCCCCUUGCCAUUGCAGACUAGGGGCCUUCAGCAGAAGGGGGGUGGAAUCCUUAUUUCAUUCCUCUUAGAAGCUUCCACCAGCAUUUUAUAGUGUGGGGGGGUGUUCAAUAAUAAUAAUAAUUUAUUAUUUGUACCCCCCCGUCCAUCUGGCUGGGUUUCCCCAGCUACUCUGGGCGGCUUCCAACAAAGAUUAAAAAUACAUUAAAAUGUCACACACUAAAAACUUCCCUACACAGGGCUGCCUUCAGAUGUCUUCUAAAUGUCAGGUAGUUGUUUUUUUCUUUGACAUCUGGUGGGAGGGCGUUCCACAGGUGGGUGCCACCACCGUGAAGGCCCUCUAAUAAAUGUAUAAAAUCAAGCCUCAGUAAUGUAUAAAAUCAGCCUGGAGUUGGGGGCAUGGAAGGCAGAAGGGUGAGGGGGGGUGCCGGCGGGUUCCUUCCAGCCAGCACCCUCUGUGCGCCUUCGCUGUGCCUUGGCAUUCUGCCUGGCACCUGGCUCAUGCCACACUGCGGGUGCCUAGGAGGCCAAGCAGGGCUGCCUCUCCCGGCCCCAUCAGGAGGGGGCGUGACGCUGCCGGAACCCAGUAACGCUGCCUUCUUCCCCCCCAGGCCCCACGCGGGGGGGCGACGUGGACCCCCGUACCAUCUUCCCCGUGCUGCCCCGCCUGUUCUGCUGCUUGCCGGCGAGGUACCGAGAGAAGCUGCGCUGCGGGGUCAGCAGCCCCCGAGAGGUGAGGUCUUCUGCGUGCGCCUUGAGGGGGGGGAGUUCUGGGAGGGGGCAGGCUGGGCAAGGCGACCUCCCAUGCGCUUUGGAGCCCUGAGGAAGCGCGGCGAGGGGGGUUGGAGCAAAAAAAGAGGGGUUGUGAGGAGCUCCAGAAAGACCCCCCCCCAAACUGAGAAAGGGGCGCUAAAGCAGCAAAUGCGAAGAAGGGUAAGCGAGGGGGAAGUUUAGUGUCCUCAGAAAAGGGGGGGCUGCAGGCUCCUGUCCUGGGACCGUUGUUGUUCAGCGUCUUUCUAAAUGACUUGGGUGGUGCUGUGGGUUAAACCACAGAGCCUAGAACUUGCCGAUCGGAAGGUCGGCGGUUCGAAUCCCCAUGACGGGGUGAGCUCCCGUUGCUCGGUCCCUGCUCCUGCCAACCUAGCAGUUCAAAAGCAUAUCAAAGUGCAAGUAGAUAAAUAGGUACCACUCCGCUGGGAAGGUAAACGGCGUUUCCGUGCACUGCUCUGGUUCGCCAGAAGCGGCUUAGUCCUGCUGGCCACAUGACCCGGAAGCUGUACGCCGGCUCCCUCGGCCAAUAAAGAGAGAUGAGCGCCGCAACCCCAGAGUCGGCCAUGACUGGACCUAAUGGUCCUAAGUGGGACCUAAAUGGUCCCUUUACCUUUUAAAUGACUUGGAUGAAGGAAUCGAGGGGAUCCUCGCCCAAUUUGCAGAUGGGGUAGCUGAUGCCACAGAAGUCAGAAUCAGAAUUCAAAAGGACCGUAAUGGACUGGAGAACUGGGCGCAAGCUAACAGAAUGAAUUUCAAUAGCAAGAAAGGUUCUGCAUUUAGACAGGAAGAACCAGAUGCACAAAUAUAAGGUUAUUAUGAUUAUUAGAUUUAUAUAUCGCCCCUCGUGACAAAAUCUCAGGGCAGUUCACAAGGUGAGGGACACCUGGCUUGUGAAAAGGAUCUGGGGGUCUUAGUAGACCACAAGCUGAACAUGAGUCAACCAUGUGAUGCAGCAGCAAAAAUGGCUAAUGCUAUUCUAGGCUGCAUCCACAGAAGUCUAGUGUCCAAAUCAAGGGAAGGAAUAGUCCCACUCUAUUCUGCCUUGGUCAGACCCCCACCUAGGAUCCUGUGUCCACUUCUGGACAUCACAAUUUGAGAAGGAUGUUGACAAGCUGGAAGGUGGGCAGAGGAGGGCAGCUAAGAUGAUGAAGGGUCUGGAAACCAAGCCAUAUGAGGAAUGGUUGAAGGAGUUGGGUAUGUUUAGCCUGGAAAAGAGGAGAGGAGAUAGGAGAGCCAUCUUCCAAUAUUUCAAGGGCGGCCACAUGGAAGAGGGAGCAAAUUUGUUUUCUCCAGCUCUGGAGAGCAGGACUUGAACCCAUGGCUUCAAGUGACAAGAAAGGAGAUUCUGACUCAACAUCAGGAAGAGCUUUCUGACCAUAAGAGCUGGGACUCAGUUUCAUUGGAGCUUUUGAAGCAGAGGUUGGAUGGCUGUAUGUCAUGGAUGCUUGAGCCGAGAUUCCUGCCUUGCAAGGGGCUGGACUAGAUGGCGCUUGAGGUCCCUUCGAACUUUAAAAUUCUGUGGUUCCAAGUGAUGCAGAUGGUUCUGCUGGUAAAGAAAAACCGCAUCCCUGCAGAGCUGGAGUUUGACUUGUGCCCUCUCUCUCUCUCUGCCCAGGAUGGAAACUGCUCAGAGCCGGUUCCCCUGACUGUGGAGAAGACCAGCAACGGGCUGCUGAACGGUCUGCCGGAGGGGCUGCCCCUUGGGGGGGGCGAUGAGGGAGAGGAGCCCCCCGGGGAGGGGGCGGCCCGGCCAGGCGGGAGCCACAGCUACAUCCUGCGGGAGACAGCCCUCUGAGCGGGACGGCGGGAGCGUCUGCGGGGCUUGGCUCUGUCCCGAGAGAGGACACCCCCCAGGGAGAAGGGGGUCUCGGACCCUCCUUGGGCCGCUCUGCCUGGAUCCUGGAUGAGCACUGGAGGGGGGUCAGGCCAGACCCCACGCCUGGGUGAUGGAGCAGCCCUUUCCGGGGUCCCUCCUGCCAUACUGCGAAUGUGCCAAUCUCUUAAGUGGGGGUGGGGGGCUGCUGCCCCCCGUAACUCAAGCACACUGGGCAAGGCAGGAGUGUCUGUCCUCCUGCCACCCAAACGCCCUCAGAGCCCUCCAGCCCACCCACCUGAGGCCUCACCAAAGAAGCCCCCCUGGACCUUCAGUGGGGUGGGGGGCGACCUUCUCAUUCCAUUCCCCCCUCCAGCAGCCCUUCCACCAAGUGUGGGGGGGGAGCGCAGACAUUCCUCCAUCUCAGUGACUCCCUUGACGACAGCCCCCCCGUCCGCUUGUGGGCCUCGUCAUCCCCGCUCCUUUUCUGUUUUCUGUACCCUGUGUUGCACUUCCUCUGAGCGGUUCUGUUUCCUUGCCUUUCUGACGAUGCUCAGAGCAGGAUUUUGGCUGCUGUUAAUAAAAACGGUUCUUGUU